AUGUCUCAAUUUUUGAUAGAGCAAGUCAGAUAUAUGCAUGAAGAAAUUGAACUUAUAGAAAAAGCAAUUGCAGAAUUAAUUGAAGAUAAAGUAAAAAAUAAUAAAAAACAAAUUUUUUAUGAUUAUUGUAUAAAUUAUCUAGUCGAAAAAAUUCAAAAUAAAUCUAAACAACUUGUAGAAAUUUACAACGAUGAUGACCAUUUAAAAAAAGAAGAAAUGCAAUUUAUUUCCGGAAAAACAAAUGAAGAAAAUAAUGAUGUUUGGAAAAAUUAUUAUGAAAAAAUUAAAUAUAUAAAAGACUAUCAUAAAAAAACAAAUAUAAAAAAAAUUGAAAUAAGAAGUUACAAAUUAUAUAAAAAUGAAGCGUUAAAAAAUAACAAAUUAAAAUCUGCUUUUUCGCCUAUAGAAAAAAAAGGAAAAUAUGUAGACAUGGUUAAGCAUUAUAAUGAAUUUAUUAAUAUUAAAAAAAUUAAAGAAUUUCGUAUAAAUAUGUUUAAAAAAAAAAAUAAUUUAAGAAACCUUGGGGGCGAAAAAAAUAAAAAAGAAUUAAAUGAUGGAAAAAAAAAAAAUAAUAAUAAUACAAUUUUGUUAAAUGAUUUUAAAGAAAUGAGCCUAAUAACAUACCUUAACAAUUUUACACGAUUUUAUUAUAUUCCUAGAUAUUGUAAGUAUAAAAAUGAAGAAUAUAAAAAAUAUUUAGAAAACCUACUAAAUUAUUUAAUAUCAUUUUUUUCAAAAAUAAAUAUAUUGGGAAAUUGGGAAAAAACAUAUGAACAAUAUGAAAACAAAUUUAAAGAACUAUUUCAAAAUAAAGAAAUAAAACAUUGGGAAAAAUUUACUUAUGAUUUAAAUAGUUAUUGUAAGGUUAAUGAUAAGUUAUAUGCUUCUGACGGUCCGUAUCAAGGAUAUUUAAAAAGCAAAAAAUAUGAUAACGACUUUAAAACAUAUAUGAAAAAAAAAUAUACUGUUGAAGAAUUACAACAAAUUAAAGAAAAUAUAGAAAAAGAAGAUGAGCUAAUUGCAAAAUAUGAAUAUUUAAUUGAAAAUUAUAAAAUACUUUUAAAUAAAAUUUUUCAAAAAACGAUACAAAAUAUUCAAAGAAAACAAGCAUUUACAAUUGAAGAGAUAGAAAAAAGACAAAAAAAUGAAAAAAAAAAUAAAACUAAUGACCAUUUAUUAAGUAUAUCUGAUAAUGUAAUAAAUGAUAACAAUAUAAUUAAUAAUAUUGAAAAUAUUUUUGAUCCGAAUUCUGUUAUUUCCUCAUCAAAUUAUGACACAUCUGAUGUUGGAUCAGAAAUAGAUGAAAAUGAAGGACAAGAUAAUGAAGAAAAUAAUGAAGACGAAAAUAAAACAAUUUAUAAUCCAUUAAAUUUACCAUUAGGACAUGAUAAUAAACCUAUACCUUAUUGGUUAUAUAAAUUACAUGGAUUGUCUAAAGAAUAUAAAUGUGAAAUAUGUGGAAAUUAUUCAUAUUUUGGCAGAGCCGCUUUUGAAAAACACUUUUAUGAAUGGAGACAUUCAUUUGGAAUGAAAUGUUUAAAUAUUCCAAAUACAUUACAUUUUAAAGAAAUUACAAAAAUUGAGGAUGCUUUAAAUCUUUAUGAAAAACUCAAAAAAGAAACACAAACAAUUCAAUUUAAACCAGAUCAUGAAGUAGAAUGUGAAGACUCAAAGGGAAAUGUUAUGAGCAUAAAGGCUUAUGAUGAUUUAAAAAGGCAAGGAUUGUUAUAG